AUGUUAGCUUAUCAAUUUAUUUGCUUUUUAAACCACCCAAAUAUUUCGGUGAUUUUUGGACCUAACGCCACACUAAAUGCCUCCUAUAAACCAUUGACCAUUUCGCACUCUCCCACAGUUAUAUUUUCUUUUAAAAAAUAA